AUUACUUUACUAUUAACAAUAUCAAUUAUUGUUUCAAUAAUAUUUUUCUUCACAAAACACCCUCUUUCAAUAGGAUUUAACUUAUUGAUACAAACUAUCAUUGUUUCAGUAAUAACAGGAAUAAUAAACUAUAACUUUUGAUAUUCUUUUAUCUUGUUUUUAAUUAUAGUGGGGGGAAUAUUAAUCCUAUUUAUUUAUAUAACCAGAGUAGCUUCAAAUGAAAAAUUUAAUUUAUCAAUAAAAAUAAUUUCUAUAAUUAUAAUUAUAGUAAUUAUAAUAAUAAUUGCAUACCAAUUAAUUGAGCCAUCAAUUAUAACAAUUGAGACAACCACUCAAUUAACACAACACAUAAAAACAGAAAACCAGUGAAUAAUAUCACUAACCAAAUUUUUAACUUACCCCCAAAACCUAAAAUUAGUAAUACUAAUAUCAUACUUAUUCUUAACUUUAAUUGCCGUUGUAAAAAUCACAAUAAUUAAAUAUGGCCCCCUACGAACCCAAUAA